UAUCUGGGCAAAUACUAACAUUUAACAAAAGUACCAAAUAUUAAUUCGAAAACUAAACUAAUUACAUAUGUAUAUCACAAAUGUACGUAUAUAUAUAUAUAUAUAUAUAUAUAUUACUGCAUACAUUUGUAAUUGAUCAAAAGAGUGUUUGAGCAUAAAUCAUAAAUUAAAAGACACUUCAGCAAAUACAGUCAGGGAACAGCUGUUAAAGGAAAUUAAAGAAAUAAAAAAGUGAUAACAGUUAUGCAAAGACAUUGUCAGUUUAUCUGAAUGUAUCGCUCUUUUGAUCGAUGAGUCGCUAUCAAAACGUAUUAAAACAACAUUGAAUAGAAACAACAUAGAAAAAAAAUAUUACUUAUAAAGCAAUGCGUAGGAUGGAAGUGAUGAAAUGAGUAUUUUAUAAAAAAUUAAUAACUAGCCUUUAGUCUUCAAAAUAAAUGACUAUUCUCAGCCUGAAUACUAAUAUAUCUACAUCAAAGAAAAGCAAUGUAGAUUUAAUUUGGUCCUACACGUUUUUAAAUUUCCUGUAAUAAGAAAAAUAAUACCGGAAACAUUUACAUUAUUUAAUUGUGGAGAAAAAUUAAUAUAAACGCCGCAAAUAAUGGCAAUGGAAUGGAUUACGGCGAUGGACAAACGUCCUUGUGAUCGCAACUUGCGCGAUGCUGAGCUGAUAUCCUGUCGGCUGCGACGCGUGGAGCCAUUGUGCCGUCUACCCAGUUCGGCACUGCAACAAUUGGCAAUGUGCGGCUUUUAUGAGGAUUUAGAAAAGGGCGUAACAUUAUUUCGUGCUGGUGAACAAGGUCGUUUUUGGUACGCCGUUCUAGGUGGGUCACUGGAAGUUCGUUAUCAUGCUUCAGAUACCGAUGCCAAAGCACCAGUAACUCUGUGCAAUCUCAGUGUGGGUGCUACAUUCGGCGAGUCCAUAUUACAUGAGCUACCACGAGAUAGCACCGUUGUAACGAAAACCACUUGCGAGCUUCUUCGUGUAGAACAACAAGAUUUUCGACUAAUUUGGGAAAAAAAUAAAGAAUUGAUGAAUGACAUUAUUACAACUUGCAAAUUGAAAAAUGGGUUCGGUUCCGGAGUUUCUCCAGUUGCUUCAUCCCCAACCAAGCGACCUCUAAGUCCUGAUCAUCCUAAUCCCGCUUUACCUAUUUCUGAGUAUCCGAGUCCCACAAUGAAUCGGAUGGGUUGGGCCUUGCGAACACUCCUCAUUGCUGACUGUUCAAGCUGUCUCAAGGAUAGAAAAGUUGCUGGUAAAUUUAUUCGCAAAUGUGCACCAGGUACGGAAUUGGUAGACUGGCUGUUGAAUUUGUCAUCUAUUGUUCAUACCAGGGCCCAAGCAGCUGGCAUGUGGCAAGCGCUGCUCGAAGAAGGCGUGCUAUCCCAUGUGAAUAAAGAGCAACCCUUUAAGGAUAAAUGCUUCUUGUACCGGUUUCGUGUUGACGAAGAUGGCACAGCCAGCAGCUACUCGACGACUGAGGAUAUCAAUGCGGCUAAUGAGCAUGUCCGUGAGUCUCUGAGCAUACUUUUCCAACGUGGACCAGAUGCAAUACUGAGAAUGAUUUUACGCAAGCCCUCACAUGAACGAACCCCUGAAGAACUUGAACUGAUUUUUGAAGAACUUUUACACAUAACAGCCCUUUCACAUUUGUCGACAAGUAUAAAACGUGAACUCUCCUCUAUUAUCGUUUUUGAAUCACAUGCAAAGGCUGGAACUAUACUAUUUAAUCAGGGUGAUGAAGGUCGUUCAUGGUAUAUAUUACUCAAAGGAUCUGUGGACGUUGUAAUCCAUGGCAAAGGUACUGUAGCUACCCUAAAGAAUGGUGAUGAUUUUGGUAAACUCGCAUUAAUAAACGAUGCUCCCAGAGCUGCAACGAUCGUCUUAAAGGAGAAUGAUUGUCACCUUUUGCGUGUUGAUAAGGAACAUUUCAAUCGUAUUCUGCGCGAUGUAGAGGCUAACACGUUGAGACUUCAAGAACACGGCAAGGAUGUUUUAGUCCUUGAGCGAGUGGCUAAGCAACGGGGCCAGCAUUCGGCGUUUAAGUAUACGGUCAUGUCGGGUACACCAUCAAAGAUGUUAGAACAUUUACUGGAAACUCGGCUCGGCAAUCAAGUGAGCGGUUUGGAUCCCUUUUUGGACGAUUUCUUGCUUACACACAUUGUUUUCAUGCCUGUUGUGCAACUAGUGGAUGAGUUGGCCAAUUAUUUUCAUUGCGAUUCUAAUAAUGGCUCGCAAACCCCAGAGGAUCGGGAAUAUAUAAUUAACUUCAAGAAGCGCGUUGUACAGUUCAUGCAAAAAUGGGUGACAGCCGUACGUCAUGCAGCAUUCGACGAACCAAGUGUCUGUGAUUUUAUUGAGGAUUUAGCAGCUGAAAUAGAACUCGAUCAAGAACUGAGCGAAGAAACUAGCAUUAUACACAAUGUUCUAACGCAAAUGACACGCUACCAGGAGGACCGUAAUCAAAACACUGGCCAGAAAUGGAAGUUACCACCAAAUGGACAGCCUAUUUGUUUAUUUAGCGGUAAUACUACGCCUUCAAAAACUAUUAUUCGGCCCGAUGACGAUAUAAUAUUCCGGGUAUACUGCGCUGAUCACACAUAUUGCACUUUACGAUUUCCUCUGCAUACCACCGCCGAGAUAAUUAAGGCAUGUGCUGCCGAUAAGUUGCAAUUAAACCGAGGACCUGAAGAUCUAGUACUAGUCGAAGUAAAAUCGAAUGGAGAGCGUUCAGUCUAUAAAGACAAUGAUGUUAGCGUUCCCACUGGCCUGAGCCUGAAUGGUCGUCUUUUUGUCUCGGUGAAAGAUCAUCUAGACGCAUUGACUUCCCUCCCCGAGCAAGAAGGUCCUAUUGAAGGCAUAGACAUUGAUUUAGAAGUAAUGAGCACCAAAGAAAUAGCCUACCAAAUGACACUUUUUGAUUGGGAUCUGUUCUGGGCAGUACAUGAGUAUGAACUUCUAUACCAAACAUUCGGGAGACAUCACUUUGGCAAAAUAACCGCCAAUCUGGAUGUAUUUCUUCGCCGCUUUAAUGAAUUGCAAUUCUGGAUCGUCACGGAAAUCGUGUCUACCAGCAGCAUGUGUAAACGCGUUGGAUUAUUAAGGAAGUUUGUCAAAUUAGCUGCCUACUGCAAGGAAUACCAAAAUCUGAAUGCUUUCUUCGCCAUCAUCAUGGGUCUUUCAAAUAUGGCAGUUUCGCGACUCACGCAAACCUGGGAGAAAGUACCUUCGAAAUUUCGGAAAUUGUUUCAGGAAUUCGAAGCUCUUAUCGAUCCCAGUCGAAAUCAUCGUGCGUAUCGUGUUUAUGUAGGCAAACUGCAACCGCCAGUAAUACCUUUCAUGCCACUUUUAUUAAAAGAUAUGACUUUUGCCCAUGAAGGCAAUAAAACUAGCUUAGAAGGACUAGUUAAUUUCGAGAAAAUGCAUAUGAUGGCGCAGACCAUGCGCACGAUUCGUUUCUGUCGUUCUCGAAGUUUAGGACUUGAGCCACCGUCACCAAAGAGUGAAGGAGAAGUGCGUUCAUAUAUUAGUUGCCUGCGUGUAAUUGACAACCAGCGGGUUUUGACAGCUAUGUCACAAAAAAUUGAACCAAUACGAAAAGCAUAAAGCAAGUAUCUUAGCUAUCACCUACAUAUAUAUUAUCGGUAAUUAUUCAUGUUUUUUAAUUCCAUAUACUUUGAAAUAUAAUACUAAUAUCUUUAAUUAUAUACAUAUGGUGCAUAAUUAGUAUAUGGUAAAUUAAAGCUCAAAAUAGUUCCACUGUUGCUUAUUUCUAAAGUCCCUAUCUAACAAUUGUUAAAAUAAAAAAAAAACUAAAUGUAUGUACACAAAAAGUAAGCUUAAUACUCUUAUUCAUAGAAAGCAUUAAAUUUACAAUAAAAAUAUAUAUUCCAUUUAUUGAGUAUUAUAAGUUCCAUAAAUCAAUCUUAAGUUUGGUCGUUCCAGCAAAUUCAAAGUUACAUGUAUUCAGUACUAACUGUUAUAUAAUUUGUAAAUUUUGUUUCAAGUGUACAACUACACGACCUAGAAACUAUGAGCACUUCUUAAAUAAAUUAAACAAUAGACCUAUAAUGUAUAGAUUAUCCCGGUUUAGCUCAGCACAGAAAAAUAUAAUAGUCAAAGCACUGUCAAAUCACGAUUUCAAUGGACCGAAAUACUCGUACGAUAUCGAUUUCAGUCUGACCAGUUUUCUCAUGCAAUUCUCCAAUCUAUUAAUUUCAUAAGAUUUGUUACAGUCGUCUACUUUUAUUGACUUUUGUAGAAAAAUCUCUAAAUGUUUAAACUUAAAAUUUUAGCUGGUUAUUUGUUUCUGAUAUUCACAUACAUACAUGUACGAGAACAAACAUGUACAUAUAUGUGUAUCAUAUUAUUUACAUUCUGUACAUGUAUUUUAUUAAAAGUAUAUAUUAUUAUUAAAGUAAAUCGGCCAAUAAGGUGAUGUAAAAUUUGAUAGAUAUCCACUUUUCCAAUAACACAGUCGUAACAAUAGUAAUUAUAAAACGCUUAUCAAUUCUGUUUCUACUGUCUCUGUGACAAAUCAGAAGAUUAGCUGAAAAUAUUGUUAGAAGUUUGCAUUAUCUUCAGUAAAUAUUCGAUUGUAAUUUCGUUUUUCGUGUAAUUAAUAGGAAAUAAAUUGUGACAGGUACAUAUAAAUAAAUGUUUAAUGAAAAUAUAUUUUUCGCUUUGCAAUGCCGAAUAUGCUAAUAUUUUAUGCCAAAUUAAUAUUCGUAUAUAUUGUAAAUAAGCAUGCGCGUAGGAAUAUAUGUAUGUAUUAUAAACUUUUUAGCAUAUUUAGUAGUACGUAAACACAUAAACACCAACAACUUCAAUAUUUUGAUUAACCCUUAUUUACUUAAAUACAUACAUAUAUUAUAGUAUGUUAAAAAUUAUUAUUCAAUAAAAUGUACCACCAUCGAGGUGAAAAUGUAUGUAUAGCUAUAAGAAAUUGUAUUCAAAAGAUCAAAAACAUGAAUAAAUUACGUGACCUACUUUUCUUCGAUCUAUAAAAAUCAAAAUAUUAGGGAAUCAGAAAAAGUCUGUAGAUUGGUAAGCAAUUAUCACAUUAAUAAAUCAUAAAUUGAUUCAUUAUAAUUUCAUAUUUUCAUCCGAAGACAACUCUAUUACUGCUACGAAAAUUGACUACGCUUGUAACUACCUACAAAUAAUUUUGUUCCUUAAGCAAUAAUAUAAAAAUAUAAAAAACCAAAACUAGGAGCCUUAGAUCUUAUAUCUAGAGAAAACAAAAAACACCCAAUGGUUUCUUAAAAAUCGAAUUUUAUAUUUACAUUAUUUCGUUUAAUUGACAAUUCUAAAUGUAUAACACCAAACCGCAACAUACACAAUAGGGAUAAUGAAAGUUUAUAUACAAAGCCUUUAUUACUUUAUCUAUAGCAAAUUUCGAAAGUCGUCCAUUUACUAUAUAAGUAUUAACCUAGAAUAUUUGUAGAAACAAAUGUCGCCAAAGAAGUCGGAUCAAAUUUAGUACCUUUAUUAUUAUUUAAAAAACAAUAUUUAAAAUAAGGUUUUAAUUAAGACAAUUCACUUAUAUCUCGAAAAAAAUAUUACUAUAUUUGUUACUAAACUUCAAUAACUAACAUUAAUUUAUUAGAAAUUUAGAAUAAAUUAGCAACAAAUUAUGACAGUAUAGAUAUAGAUGUUAAUGUGAUUAGAUUUGACAAUCUUGAAAUUACACCAUAAGAGCAUAAUUCUACAUUUUAAUAAACACUUAUACCUAACAUACAUACAUACUACAUAUGCAUAUUGAUGUGUCGCAAUGUGCAUGAAAGGCGUAUACUUAAAACUGACUUUUGUAGACUUAAAAUUAAUAUACCUCACUAAGGUCCAAGAGACAUUAAACACCGCAUAUACAAUAGAGAUCUGCACGAGUGCUUUUGACAUUAACGAAUAAGAGUACAAGCCAUUUUUGGGAACAUAGAGAGCUUUGUAUAACUGGAAUCGUAUAGAAUCGGACGAUUACCAUAUCGGUAUCACCGUAAGCGCCACAUGUGCAUAUACAUACAUACAUAAUAUGUAUUUUAAAAUAAUUGCAGGUCAUAAUAAGUAAAAUAAAUAAAUUAAAAAAACUACUACGGCAGCGAUAUGAAAUUUAAAUUCCGAAAUAUUCCUUGAAAUGUUUCUAAUUUAUAUACAAACCAUAUAUGUACAUACAUAUAUUCAAUUUCUGUAUACUUGUUUUCUUUUUAGAUACUGGUGCAGGUCUCUAGAACACUGUUGAUUUCCAAAAAAUCCUCUUUAGCAUAUGAGCAUAUGUACACACAUACAAUGAAACAUUUGAAAUUACUCCUCUCAUUGAAAAUGGGAAUGAUUUUAAUGACUUUAUUUUG